AUGGCAGACAACUAUGCUCGUAGCAGUGAGUCUGGUUCUGACCCGGAAGGUGUGGAUAUCACCCGGACAGGUGGUCAUGAUUCUCCUUUUCAGGGAACAGCCUCGGAUGACGACGUGUCGGUGCAAUCUGAUUUCGCUGCAGGUAUGGACAUUUCAUAUCAAGCACCACUCCCGCGGGACAUUGAAGCUUUUCUCGCCCCGCAGGGUCGUGAACGUCCGGACCAUUCCAGUGAUUCGAACGAUGCGGAGAUCCCUGCAACGAAAUCUUCCUUGCAAGGUGCUGAUAUCAAUCUUACUUCUGCAGGUGUUCCCAGGGAUCCUCGUGCCGCACGACCCAAGGCACGACCUGAAAGCCGCCCUGCUAAGACGCCGAAGAAUGCAGCAAGGGCUCGAGGGUCUGUUGGCCGGCAAGUUCGCGAAGGUCAAUCUACACCACCUCCGCCCACUUCCUCAACACCCCCGGCUCCAGUUUCCUUUCAGGACCGAGCACAGAUGGGUGGAGCUUUGGACGAGCACAGUCGGACUCGGCCGGAAGUUCCUUCUUCGUCCCGCAUGUCGGUGAAAUCCAGCGCAUCCUAUCAGGACCCAAUCGACCCGCAGGUUUCCUCAGCCAUACAGGGACGUGCUCAGACUACGCCCCCGAAGUCUCCGAGGUUUGCAUGGGAUGCUCGACUUUCGGGCAGUUCCCAGCAGCUGGAGACUGAACAUGGCAUUGAGGGAGAUGCCAUCGGAGGUGCCAUGUCUGUGAAGUUGGUAAGCUGGACGGAACCUCUCAAGAUCACUCCCUUUCCAGUUGAUGUGGUUGAGAGGAAUGCCAGGAUCCUACAGGAUCUACACCAGUCCUCCAGGGUCCACCUGCCACCACAGAUGGAAUGGAUGUUUCUAGCCAACCUCAUUCAGCAGUAUACCGGCCCCGCUGAGGAAAUUUUCGAUCAGGUGACCUUCUAUGAAUCGAAGCAGCAGGUGUAUUGGAAGCAUCACUUGAAGAAGUUUUUCACAACCAAGCCCACCGACCCUGCAGUGCAUCGCUACACCCUGUUUUUCGCACAUGGCACGAACUCAGGGGGCGCAGAAAGGAUUAUCAACUCCAGGUACUUGGCCCCUGCGACGAUUGCAGACGGGCCGACUGCUGUAGGGCACUACAGUCAAGCCACCAAUUGGACUGACAAUGAGAGCCAGCUUCAGGAUGCAUCAUUGUUGCAGGUCUUCACUUGCAAUCUGGAGGAUCAGAGCCGCUACAUUUUUGCCAAAAACGAAGCAGCUGUCUCGCAGGAAGAGGCCAACACCAACAUCAACGAUAUCGGAGUCGGUCCCGGCCUUCCUUCGUCAGGGACCAACCGGAACGUCCCCCUCUUCCGCAUUCAUGGCACAGUUAUCUCCAAUCGCUUUACAAGGGAAUUGAACAUUGAUGGCAUCGACAUCAUGGAUGUGAAAUUAUCUCAGGUCACUACAGGAGGUAACGUCAACUGGGGAUUGCGAUCCCUGGCCAACGGCAGACAUACCGUCUUUGAGUCUUUUAAGUCUCGGCAGGAAGCAAUCAUGGCAGGAACUUUGAUGCGAGCCUUGCGUGGAGAGUCUACCGGUACAUCAGGCGCAGAUCUCAAUGCCACCCUCACACACAUGACGAAGACCAAGUUCCCAGGUUGCUCAACAGAAAGGACCUUCAGCUGCCAGUCAGUCGAUGAUGGAUCAGAUCCGUCAAUUACAGAGAGAGAAUGCCAGAUUGAAGAGCGGAGGAAUGAAGCAGACACAGAUCGUUACGACCCGGAUGAACUGGCUACUUUGCCACCUCGAUCUCGGGAAGGCUCACCGGACCUGGCAGGAUGCAGCGACGAGGCACCGGCGGAAGAAGAAUUGGAUUAUGCAGAUCCACUAGAAACUGUGGAUGCUUUCCGACCUCAGUCUGGGAAUCCCGUUCUGGAUGACUGCAAACUCGACAAUUGGAAGGUGGCUACCAUCAACAGUUGGAUUUCCACCAAGGUUGGUAAGGAUCGUAUGAAUCAGGUCCGCACAGCAGCUGACGAACUCUCGGCUGCCAUGUCCCGUCUGACCCCAGGGAGCAGGCCAGCACUGGACGCCAUAGCAGUUUCGUGGGGACUUCCAGUCACCGUAGCAGCGAAGGUGGGAGAGAAGUCCCUUAGCAUGUUGAUUGCAGCAUGCUAUGUUAUAGGACGUCUGACAACUCAGUGUCCCGUGCCCAGAUGGUCCACUUUCUUCGGACUUUCUUUCGCUGUACGAUCUCCUUUCGGCUUCUUUUCCACGAAGUUCUUGUGCAAGUUUCGUGAUCUCCUUCAGGUUCAGCCACCCAAUCUUACAUUGGGUCGACAGCAGAGACAAUUCAUCGACGAGAGCUUGCUCGCCGUAGAAAGACACAGCAGACAGGUUGGCCUGGGAAUCCAAGUACAUUCGAGAUUUUCAGCCUACACUCAAUACGCCAUGGGUAGGCGAAACUUCUUCGGUCGCGUCGAGCUGACUUGUCGCCCGCCCCCUGUGAACCGACCCUUGAACGUUGCAACUUCCCUCCUCUUCAUCUUCCUACGACUAAACUGGUCUAUUGCAAAGGACAACAACUCGACUAUAGCUUCGGAUGUGGCCCUGUCAGGCAUUGGAAGCGUGGCGGAAACGCUGUCCAUUACCAUGAUCUUCUUCUGCGCACUUUUGGUGAAGAACAGGUCUUUCGGCCAUGUCGUAAUGGGACGUUGUCAAUUCUACGGCAUCUUCGUCAG